AUGGCGAACGUGCUGGUCCACGCCCUGAACGGCGCGACGUCGCUGUCCGAUACAAACGUGUUUGCUGCGAAGGAGCCGACGAAGCCAAACAGCAUGUUUGCCAAAGGAGCCAUGGGUCUUCGCGCCGUCCUCGUUUCGCUGGUGGCGAUUCUGCCCCCGUCGACCGUCACCCAUGCUGCCUCCCUCCCGCCGCCUACGGGGCCGUACUACGUCGGUGUGAGGAAGUACACGAUCGAGCACUACAACGCGCGCGACCCGCUAGCGCCAAACAACGUCAGCACCGAGUUCCUCGCCACGGUCUUCUACCCGACGCGGCAGAAGCCCCAGGGCGCGCCGCGGCCGUACCUCAACCCGGAGACGGCCGCGCUCUUCGAGCAGUCCUGGAACUACUCGGCGGGGACGCUCGCGGGGCUGACCUCGACGGUGCAGCCGGACGCGCCGUUCCUCGACGUCGGGACGGCGCCGCCGCACCCGACGCUGCUGUUCGGCCCGGGCGCCGGCGGGCCCCCGACCGAGGGCGACACCGUCCUGAUCGCCGAGCUCGCGUCGCACGGGUACGCCGUCUUCGCGCUCGACCACCCGUACGAGCAGCCGUUCGUGCGCUUUCCCAACGGCACCGUCGUCACCGGCGUCCCCAUCGACUACACCUCGCUGGCGCUGAUCCGCGCCAUCUACGACACGCGGCUCGUCGACAACGCGGCGCUGCUGGACCAGCUGCCGGCGCUCGCGGCGCGCCACCGCCUGCCCUUCCGCACGGCGCGCCUCGGCGCCCUCGGGUACUCGCUCGCCGGCGCGGCCGCGAUCGGCACGCUGCAGCGCGAGCAGGAGGCGCGGGGCGCGGCGGGCGCGCGCGUGGCCGCGGCGCUGGACCUCGACGGGACGCUGUUCGGCGGGCCGGCGGAGGACGGGCCGGCGGCGGACGCGCGCGCGCCGACGUUCCUGCUCGGCAACGAGGCGCACGGCGCGCCGUUCGGCGGCGACGUGUCGUGGCUGACGUUCCCGCCGCGCCAGAGCGCGCCCACGCGCCGCCUGCUGAUCACGGGCUCGCGGCACCGCGACUUCUGCGACGCCAGCUUCUGGAAGACGCUGCAGCCCGGCGCCGACCCGGCCGCCGGCCCCGUCGACGGCGCCCGCCAGACCCUCAUCCUCAACACGUACGUCCGCGCCUUCUUCGACGCCGCGCUGCGCGGCCGCGACGAGCCCCUCCUCGACACGCCCUCGCCGGACUUCCCCGAGGUCGUGUACGAUUACGUGUCCCCCCUCUGA